AUGGGGAAGUCGUCCAAAGACAAGCGCGAUGCCUACUAUCGGCUCGCAAAAGAGCAGGGUUGGCGGGCAAGAAGCGCAUUUAAGCUGCUACAGCUUGAUGAGGAGUUCAAUCUUUUCGAGAACGUAACUCGGGUGGUUGAUCUAUGCGCCGCUCCUGGCAGCUGGUCCCAAGUACUCUCUAGGGUGCUUAUCAAAGGCGAGAAGUUUGGCCGCUGCGCAUGGCAAGACCGGGAAGCCAAGUUCCGCCAGCACAUGUUCAACGUUGUCCCUUUAGAUCCAUCCGCAGAGCAGCGGAAGGCGGUCGCGGCGGAUGACAGGCCGACAAAGGACAACUUCAGCUCCCGGAGAGAUGUUAAGAUAGUCUCUAUUGAUCUCCAGCCCAUCAGCCCGCUUCCCGGCAUCAUCACCCUCCGAGCCGACAUCACCCACCCUGCCACUGUUCCUCUCCUCCUCAAGGCGCUGGACCCGAACUAUGACCCCAACAGCAUGGACCAAAAGGCUUCGCAGCCCGUCGACCUUGUGAUCAGCGAUGGCGCCCCUGACGUCACGGGCUUGCAUGACCUCGACAUUUACGUGCAAUCUCAGUUGCUCUUCGCCGCGCUCAACCUCGCGCUGUGCGUGCUGAAACCCGGUGGGAAGUUCGUUGCCAAGAUUUUCAGGGGCCGCAAUGUUGAUCUCCUCUACGCGCAACUCAAGAUCUUUUUUGAGAAGGUCUACGUCGCGAAGCCCCGGUCGUCUCGCGCGAGCAGUGUCGAGGCUUUCAUUGUUUGCAUCAACUUUCAGCCACCCGAGAGUUUCAAAGCCAGCUUGGAGGAGCCGCUGGGCGCCGGCAGCAGGUUGCCCGAGACGCUGGCGCAGGAAACCGCAGCAUCACCCAUUGCCGCCCCGGUGUUGAUGCAGAACCAGGAGACCGGGGCUUGGGAUUCCGCACCCUCACGGUUACAGGGUGCAGACGAGAACGGGAUCUGUGACGUGGAGGUAGAGGACCUUUCCUCCGAACCGCGUCGCAAGGACAUUCGCUGGAUCGCUCCCUUCGUGGCAUGUGGCGAUCUCUCAGCCUUCGACUCGGAUGCUUCCUACAAGCUCCCUGUGGACCACGUCUCACUCGACCCGGUCCAGCCGCCCACGGCACCGCCCUACAAACGCGCGAUCGAGCUGAGACGCGCCAACGGCGGGGCGUACGGAAAACCGCCCGGGAGAUAA